AUGUUGGCAAGCCUUUUUUACAAUCACAUAGCGUCAGAGAGGGUAGAGGACGCUCAGAAAAAUGAGAAUUGUUCGCGUGGUGAUCGCAGUCCUAGACUAAACAAUAAAGGUGACACGGAUGUUUUCAACGAACAGCCGCAUUCAACAAUUGGAUCCUUUCCACCAAAGCACGCAGACCUCACGGAGCAACGCCAACUUAAUUAUGUGCAGAAGUUUGUGUCCUCUGCAGAUGUUUUUCGGAUGUAUCACGGGAUUGUGGCAUCAAAUGUGGAUGAGGGUCUACGAGAACAAGAAAUGUGGAGUAGAAACGCAUCUCUGGAAAAGAUAGGAGCCUUGGCGCUUGGUUGGCUGAUUCGAAAACGUAGGCGAAGCCGUCUCGGUAAUGAAUUGGCGUCUCGAAUCAUUCAAUAUAGCAACCAGAAUGAUGGCGAAUUCGAUGUGGGAGUUUCAGAAGAAUUUUUUCAGGCUCAAAGAGCGCGCUGUGUUUCGCAAUUCAUAGAGUUCCUGGAACACGGAAUCGCACCUUCAAGGGUCAAAGAAGAAAUAAACAAACAAGAUAUUAGCAGUUUGCAAGUGCAAGGAAGAAGUAGGCGCAUGAUUGAGAAACGAUCUGAUUUUAGAGAAGUGUCACACGGAAUUCAUAUAGGACUAUACUCAUCAGAGAAAGCUCAACGAACUGGAGAAUUUGUGGUAGAUGCAUUAAGAGAGGCUGUGGGAAUGAAAGAAUGUUCACAAAGCGUUUUGUUAGAGAAUGUAACGCCCAAAUUUCUGGCUGAGAGGAGGUCUGUGUUUCUACAAACAAUUUUCCAAGUUGAAGACUACGAAGGGUGCCUUACUCAUAUUCCCAGAAUAGUUACGGGAUGUAGUCCUAAUGCAGUAGAUGUUAAUUCCUCCCUCUCUUCCAUCUUUGGCGGUGGUUAUUAUCGACUUGUUGAUCAUGUGGACCGAAUAUGCGCAGAAUUGCUCUAA